UCAGUUUAGAGUUUGUAGUAUUGGAACUAUCCCCACGUUACAGUGGUGAGAUGUCUUCCUUAGAAUGUAACUGAUUUCGAAACUGAUUGAGUAUAUCAAUCGGGAUUUUCAUAGUUAUUUUUGCAGACAUUCGUAUUUUUACAACUGGGUCUUCCUCACAAGUGAAACGUAGUGAAAAUCUCGCUAAUACUAUCACAAAGAAGUUGGCUAACUUAGCUCUAAAGCUAGUUACUUAGCCAAGCUGGCGUUAGCCCUGAAGUUUGUAAGCUGAUCUAGUCAAUGAUAGAAUCUCGUUGAACAGAAAAUAAUAGAAAUGAUUAAACAGAUGGCGUAAAAGCUUGUCACUUCACAAAUGAACACUUGAGCCCAGAAGGUACUUUACUACCUUCUAAAUUUUACGUGGAACUUAGUCAACGGCUUUACUUACUCCACUUGGAAUGUCGUGUAGAAACGGAAUGGUGCGGGGAGGAAACCCUGGUCUGCAGCCUCUUCGUGCCACAAUUCCUUUCCAGCUCCACAACAAAGUUCUACCACAGUCCAAAGAUGCAGACCGGAACAAGGCCAAGCCCCCGAAGCCCUCCCUCCGCCGGACACUGUCUCUGGACGCACUGGUGGCCCCCUACCUCCAAGGCCAGUGGCCAAAGGAGCCCGAGGGCCUGCAUGUUGGCAGUGUCAACGACAAGGCUACACAGACUCCCAGUUCCUGGGCUGAGGAGGGCAGAGGGAGAAGAGGAGGUGGGGGCCAUAAACGCUCAGCAUCCUGGGGCAGCGCAGAGCACCUGAGGGAGGUAGCCAAGCUACGCCAUUCGUUACAGAAGCGCUUUAGGCCCGCCCCUCCAGCGGGAAGCAGUGAAAGGCCCUCCCACCCACUCCCUGGCACCCAUGCCCCUGGAGCCACACAGACCGUUCCACUGACCCCAUUGAACCGCCUGGCCCCACGACUCAGGAGGAGUGUGGAGGGGCUCAACCUGGAGUUGGAGGGAGUGUUUGUGUCUGAGGCGCCAGAAGAACAACACCAGAUUCUGGACGUCCCAGAUGGCCACCGGGCCCCUGUCCCAUCCCAGCGGUGCAGCAGUGGCCCUCAGAGCGACCCCUCUCCUGCCCAGCUCUCUCCCUCCCACUCCCCCUGUCCAAUGACUGACCCCGACAUGGUGGUGUGUGGCACCCUGUGCCCCUCGCCUUCUCCCUCACCGCCGCCUGACGUGGUGCAGCUCUCCUCCCUCCUGCCCUCCUUCUCCCCGCGGCCCAACAAGACCUACGCCUUCCAGAGGGAGCCCCCCGAGGGCUGUGAGAGAGUGCGCGUGUGGGACGAGGCCGUAGCCGCCUCUCAGGGGGAGCCCCUCCUCCUCUCCCCCUCUUGCCCCGACCCCAACAAAGUCAACUUCACCCCUCACGGAGGCUCCGCCUUCUGCCCAGUCAGCCUCCUCAAGCCCCUCCUCCCUUCCAUGGACCUGCUCUUCCGCGGCCUCUCCGUCUCGCCUGUCACUGGCUGCUCAGGACAAAGCCCCACCCCUUGCCCAGCAUCGGGGCAUGUGGUGGGUGGGUACCUGAGCGGGCCCCUCCAAGACCCCACCAGCUCAACCAUGUAGCAGUGAGUUAACCACAGCUGGAGCAAUAGUGGACUGAUGGACAAUGGAUGAAAGAUGGCAUAUUUUUUCCCCCCACACAGCUUUUGAAUAGAAACCCCUAUGAAUGGUGAUACUGUAACUUAUUGCUUCCAAAAUAUAUCAAACCUUACAGAGGAUAAAAAAAAAACCCAAUGACUACACCUAGAAAACCGAUCACGAGCAGCAGCAUGGCUAGUGGAUACAUGUGGAAGAUUUCUCCACAUAGUGCUGAAGCACUAGAUGGUGUAUACUUCUCAGGACAAACUCCUCAUGUCCUUUCUGUGUCUUUUUUAGACUGGACGUUGGUUCCUCCUAAUAUCUUCGCAAAUUUGAGAGAACUGUAACAUUUCUUUCAUUUAUACAAGAACAGAUAUUUAUGUGCCCUUGUCAUUUUCUACAAUAGAGUGUUAUUUUUCUGAAACAGUAAAAGACAUAAAGUACACGUGGCCUGAUUAUCCUUUUGGCACAUAACGAACUGUAGACCAGACCUCAUGACGUGCAAUCAAGCUGUUAUGAUGAAACGGUACAGCCAACCUCAUGGUGGCAGAUGGGAAUGGCUCUGCCAGCAAGAAUCGGCACAGACUGGGAGUGAUGGGAUUCAAGCAGAACUAUAGUGAAAGCCUCUUAUGAAACUCCAGUGCUAGCAGACUGGCCUCUGAGAAUACAUGGGCUGGGCGGCUCCCUGCUGAAUUGGGUAUUUUAUAUAUUUUUUUCAUUGUGAACAUCCUGGGCUAGUUCAGAAAGGGUUGUUCAUUAUUAAGGCUGAGUUUGGUCAGGUUUCACUGUCCAUUGAGUGUAUCUGGUAUCCCUCCCUGCUCACCUGUAACCAUAAGCUAAACUCUGAGGUGAAAUUCACAGCUAUGAAAGUCAUAGGUAAGACACAGAGCAGCAGUAACUGGCCGUAGUAGUAGUAGUAGUAGGAGUCAAAGGAUCACAUUAAAACUGCUGACCCAGUCCGAUCAAACCCACAAAAGCUCUUCAGUUGUUGAAAAGUAUGCGGUAUGAGUCUUUUUUUAAUCUAUGAUCAUUCUGUUAAAAUGCUGUCUGGAAUGUAAAUGUUUUUUCCUAAAUGAUUUGGCCUAGUUGAUGACACAUUUGUGAGGACUGUAAGCAUUGCUUUGUGAAACCUGUGGCCACCUGCUGUAACUUUGGUUAUUGUGCCUACAGACACACCUGUUUGGUGCCUUUUAUUAUUUUUUAUGGGGUGUUUAUGAUGAUUUGUUUUUAAAAACCAAAAAUAUGAAAGGGACAUUUCAUAAAACAAUUUGUCAUUUUUAGAGGUGUCUGUUCAGUGUGAGGGCUAUACUUUUCUAUCUUAGCAUCUAAAGAAUCUAUUUAAGCACGUUUUGUCAGUAUGGUUGCCUCAUGAAAGAAUAUGACCAUAGUUAUAAGUAUAGCCAUGUUGGAAAAGCUAGUAAGAAUUUAUAUUUUGUUCUUAGUUGUCAUUGUUAGUGCUCACUUUAGCGUUUGCAUUUGUAAUACAAUAUACAUUUUUGUAUAUAUUUUUUCACAAAUCUAGAUUUAGUAUAGCGUACAACAAGGUUGUAUGGUCAGAGGGUAUGCAUAUUUCUGUUUGUUGAACAACAGCACUUAAUCUUGUGGUAGUUUUCCACAACCUACCAUUUUCAUUCUUCAAUUGAAAAACAGAACCUUUGAAGGUGCAGUCAUGGUUGGAUAUAAAGGCAAGCUUAUCCUUCAUUAUUGUUCAUUGCCUUUGAGUUUGAACUGUUCCUUCAGAGCGCAACAUUUCAGUCAAGUAUAUACUGUUGUAGAUGUAUAGUUCAGAUUAUGUUUUGAGAAAAAAAUAAUAAUCCUUUGCAUUCUCCAUACAAUCAGUGGUUUGCUUCAAAAUGUUUACACAUUGGUGGUUCAAGGUUGUCUUCCAAGUUUCUGUACAGCAUAUUUUUCAUGUAUUACAGAUAUUGGAAAUGUGUGUCCAGGCUGUCUUGAGUUCAGCUGUGUUAAUAAUUUUAGUCAUUUGACAAAAAAUAAAAGGUUGCUCCUAA